AUGGCACCCGCCAGCUCCUCGUGGCUGCUCGAUGCCGUCAUUCGUCCCUCGCUCUCCGCCGUCCUCCCAACGGACCUCGCCGUUUCCCUCCGUCAUUCCCUCCUCAAUCCCCUCCUUCCUCUCUCCGACUCGCCGUAUUUCACGGCGGCUGUGACCCUCGCCGAGAGGACGCAUCAGCAGCUGCACGACGCCGGAUUGGCCUUUCAGAGUAUCCCCUUUGAUUUUAUCAUAAUUGGCCACGCGCUUGCCACGUCAGCAGCUGUGCGGAUCCCCCUGCUGCGACGCCAUUGGCUGCUGUGCUUCUGGGCGGCGUUCUUCACCGGAUAUGGCGGAGGAACGCUCACCUCCCUCCUCCUGCAUGUGCGUGCCUCACUCUGCAUGUGGGUCAUCACAUAUUCCCCAUACGACGUGGGGAGUCGCCUGUACGCCCUCACGCCUGUCAAGCUGGUAGCGCGGGUGACAGCAAGCAUAGCGCGCACAGGCGUCGUCAUUUCCAGAAUUGACAGGGCAGUUGGGCUGUUUGGGAAGCAUGCACUGGUUGCUCCAGUCUUCAUUGGUACUCUCGCAGGCUGUGGGGGCCGCCUCAUCUUGGACCUCGUUCUCGCCCUCCUCACUGCAUCACCUCCCUCGCGCUCUGAGCUGCUCUACCCUUCCUGGCUCUCCCGCUCGGCAUGCAUAAUGGCAGUGGGCUACACUCUAGCCGUCCACUGGGCUGCCUGCUGCACCUCCCAGGCUGCCUUUGCUGCCAUCGCCUCCCUCCUCAUGGCCCACAGCGCAUGGGAGGUCAUUUCAGGCUCGCCUUGGGACCCCACUGCACCGCUCUCCACCCUCUUCCACUCCCUGCUGUGCAUCCCACUCGCUCCUGCCACCCUCCCAUCACCCAAGCCGUCCACCACCACUCCAUCACCCGCUCACCCACUUCCCCAUCCUCCAACCCAACUCAACGGCCACAGCAGCAGCAGCAAAGGGCAGGGUGCAUCUCAGGGCAUACAGCAGCAGAGGCGAGGGGAGGGGGAGAGCAGCAGUCGGUUCGAGAGCACGCCUGUGGGAGGCAAGGCUGCCCGGCACCGGAAGCCUCAGCGCGCGUGA